AUGGAGUGGAAACUGGAGCGCACAGCCCCGCGGAGGGUCCGGACAGAAGAAGAGAUACUGUGGGAGAAUGUCAUGAGGGUGUUCGCCAAAGACCUGAAGCAGAAGAGAAGUCCACGUUCUUCCAAGGUGUUUGAUGAAAUUAAGCCCACAUAUUCUAGCUUCAAGAGCAACUUUGUGAAGAGGCUGUCGGUGGAGGGUCCCAUUGCCAGUAGCCCAAUUACCACUAGAUGGCAGCAAAGCCAAACCAGGGAUCUGGCAGCCUGCUCCUUUGGGGAAGCGCUUUCAACCACUUACCUCCCAGAAGAUUCUGGAUCCGUGCUGAAGAUAACGCCUGAGAAAGAGACUUUGAUUCUAGGAUCCUACCAAGAACCACUGAAGACACCCAUCAAAGGGACUUUCGAAACAAGUAACUCUUUCCAUUUUUGCAAGGAAGCUCAUGCGAUGGAUGGAGACUGGAAUGAAACUGUUGCCUCAAAAGGCCGGAAAUGCCUAAACCAGCUAUUUUCGACCCAGAAGGUGGCUCAGUGGGUUAGUGGGCAAAUGCAGCUCUGUGAGCAAUCCCAGUGUGCCUGGAAAGGCUGCAGAGAUGGAGUCAGAGAUGAAUCCUUCCAUCUUAAAAGAUUCAGGAAUCUAGACUAUUCCAUACUCCAACCAGAAGUGAAGAUUCAUCUUACUGGUCUUCGAAAUGACUAUUAUCUGAAUACUCUAGAUUGGAAUUUUCAAAAUCUAGUUGCUAUAGCCCUUGGAUCCUCUGUAUUCAUCUGGAAUGGGGAAAACUACAAUGUGAUUGAAAAUAUAGACCUACCUAUCAGUUGUAACUAUGUAUCUUCUGUGUCCUGGGUAAAAGAUGGAAACUGCCUGGCAGUUGGCACCAGCGAGGGAGAAGUACAGUUAUGGGAUGUGGUAACUAAAAAGCAGCUGAGAAAUAUGCUUGGUCAUUUGUCGGUGGUUGGGGCUCUGAGCUGGAAUGACUGUAUUCUCAGCAGCGGGUCGAGGCUGGGCCGUGUUUAUCAUCACGACGUUCGGGUCCCCCAGCAUCACGUUGGAACACUUCACCACAAGCAAGCUGUCUGUGCUCUCAAGUGGUCCCCUGAUGGCAGGCUGCUUUCCAGUGGCUGUAGUGAUGGACUGCUGAUGAUAUGGCCCCAUGACCCGGGUGCAAAAGCCCAGGUUCAACCCCUGAAAGUCAUAGCCCAACCUACAGCAGUCAAGGCCAUGGAUUGGUGUCCCUGGCAGUCUGCAGUCCUUGCUGUUGGAGGUGGCAUGGAAGAUGGACACUUACAUGUCUUGGACAUAAAUACUGGGCAAAGCAUCCAGACCCCAAGCACAGACUCACAGAUUUGUUCCCUAAUUUGGCUACCUAAGACAAAGGAGAUUGCAAGCGGCCAAGGUAGUCCAAAGAAUGAUGUGACUGUGUGGGCCUGUCCUGGUCUGGCCAGGUCGCGUGGAUUUUUGGGCCACAGAGGCAGAGUCCUGCACCUGGCUUUGAGUCCAGACCAGACCCGAGUGUUUUCUGCUUCAGCAGAUGGCACAGCCUGUGUAUGGAGCUGCUGUCACUCAGCAACUCUACGAGCUCCAGCUUCCUCACUUCAAAGUGAGAAUAAGGACAGUGGCUUUGUCUUCUCCACGGGGUUGUUGUGA